AUUGGUACUGAGCAGAUAGAGGCAUUGUAUCAGUAUGCCAAAUUUCAGUUUGAAUGUGGAAACUACUCUGGUGCUGCUGAUUAUUUGUAUCAGUACAGGGCCCUGUCCAUGAACAGUGAAAGGAGUUUGAGUGCAUUAUGGGGAAAACUAGCUGCUGAGAUAUUGAUGCAGAAUUGGGACAUUGCACUGGAAGAACUCAACCGCUUGAAGGAAAUUAUUGACUCUAAGACUUUCUCUUCUCCUCUGAAUCAAGUUCAGGGCAGAAUAUGGCUUAUGCAUUGGAGUCUGUUCAUCUUCUUCAACCAUGACAACGGAAGGACACAGAUUAUCGACCUAUUUAACCAGGACAGGUAUUUGAAUGCCAUUCAAACAAAUGCUCCCCAUCUCUUGCGUUACCUGGCAACUGCAUUCAUUGUCAACAAAAGGAGGAGGCCGCAAUUUAAAGAUUUUAUAAAGGUCAUUCAGCAAGAGCAGUACUUAUACGAAGAUCCUAUCACAGAGUUUUUGGCAUGU